AUGGAGAAGAUCGUGGACCAGGAAAUAAGGAUGAAUGCGCUGAGGAGAGCACCGCUGCAUCCGGCUCAACAUGCCUACAGAGCGGGCAGAUCAACGAGCACUGCCCUGUACCAGCUGACCACUGAGAUAGAGAGCUCACUAGAGCAUGGGGAAGUGAUGCUUUGCGCGUUCUUGGAUAUCGAAGGUGCCUUUGACAAUACGUCUCACAAGAGUGUAGCCAGGGCUCUGGAGAAGAGGAAUGUGGCACCACCGGUGCGCAGAUGGAUACAAGCCGUACUGCGCUCCAGGGUUGCGGAGACCACAGUAGGCGAUAGAAGGAUACGUCUCGGCACAACUAGAGGUUGCCCACAGGGAGCAACAUUUAAACCUGACCGUGGUCAAGGCGACAAAGGCUUUGAUGGUGUGCAAUCGACUGGCGGGAAAAGAUUCAAGGUUACCCUUGGCAGUAAAGACGAAUGGGAUGACUCCAACUUCGAACUGAUGCUGAGGAAUAGCACGCUAAGGUGGUACACCGAUGGCUCUAAAAUGUCAGAGGGAAUCGGCGCAGGGAUUGUAGGCCCACGCACUAAGCUCUCCAUACCCAUGGGAGAGUUCCCUAGCAUUUUUCAGGCGGAAGUCUUCGCAAUAAGCCAGUGUAUCGAUAUUAACCUCCAUCGCAACUAUCGUAAUGAGCGAAUAGCGAUCCUCAGCGAUAGUCAAGCGGCGCUAAAGGCGAUCUCUUCCUAUGAGAUUAAAUCGCGACUAGUGCAAGAGUGCAGGGAAAGGCUGAAUAGCCUUGCAGAAAAGAACCAGGUACACCUAAUUUGGGUGCCUGGUCACAAAGGAAUAGCCGGCAAUGAGCUGGCCGACGAGCUCGCCCGCACCGCAGCCUCCACCAGGAUGGUGGGACCCGAACCCUUCAUGGGGGUGGGUCCCCACGCGUUGAAAGAGCAGCUCCGUAAGGAAGAGGUAGAGGACAGGGAGCAGCAUUGGCAUCAGACUCGAGGAACAAGCUCAGGUUACUGGUCGCAUGGUACACUGGCCACUGCAAACUGA